UUAUUUGAAGAUACCAGAAACUAUCUUCUACGCAGACAACAUGGCAAUUUGUAGACAGUAUUCUGAACUCAUCUCCAGUUCUUUUACGCGUUUAAAAUGUUUUGUUUUCUCUGGGAUAACAUUUGAAAAAAAAAUCUAACCAUAGGGGCCCCCCGAGAAAAAUUGCCCCGGGCCCCCUAUGGCUUAAUCCGGCCCUGUUGCUCAUGUUACAAAGUUUACUUUUUUUUUUUGGAUUCAAUAAGGAAAAUUUCAAUUACCUUCCUCAUAAGUGAAUGAACAAAGUUAAAAUCACGUUCUUAAAUUAUUAAAUUAAUUUUUGAUCGUGCGAGACCUAAUGACCACGCAAUUUUCUCAGCGGAAUCUCCAAAGGUUUCAAAUAAGUAGAGAAAAAAAAGAAGAUAAAAUAAAUUCACAAUGUUUAAUUUUUUCUCCGAAGUAAUGUAGUUUAACAGCACAAAGAGCAUUCACCAUUUCAAAUGCAUCGCAAAAUGCUACGAAUUCCUCUUGAGAAAUUGCUAGUCACUAUUUCGUCCAUAUACUGGACAAUCGACAGGUAUAUGCUGAAAAAACUUCGUCAUAGUUGAAAUUGAUCUCUGCUUCGAAUUUAUUUAAAAAGUAAGUCAUUUAAAAAGUUAGUCGGAGAAAAUCGCGAUAUAUUUUCAAAUAAAACUGCCGAGAAAUAAUUUCAGUGCAUGUUCAUAUGAAGUUUGGGUGAACCAAAACAAAGUAUUCACGCGACUGCUGCGACGGUUAAUUUUCGAAAUGGUAUUUCGCUUGCACUGUGAACGGUCUCCCAGUUUUCAACGUGUUCAAAUGAGGAGCGAUUCUUCGCGCGAAUCGCUCGCGUGCACUGUGUUUCUGCCCUUAGUCAUGGACCGGAAUGGCCAAUCGAAGACUCUACGGAAGUUCCGGAACAACCGUAGCAGGAAACACUAUCCAAAACAAAUCAUUGAGCUUCCUGAUUUCACUGAGAUCACUUAAGAAUGUUCAACAAGACUGGAAAUGAUCGAUUUAGGACACUUCACUUGAAUCGAGCGAUGAUUAAAAAAAAGAAUCCAGUGUAUAAAAGUUCGUAGUAUUUGACAAAUGUGUGAUGCCAUAAAGGCCAUAAAAACACCAGUUGCAGUAGUUUUUGGUUUUGUUCGAACUAAAUUUUACAUCUUUUCUGUCGCUAAAGGUGUUAAACGAAAAACAAAUCAUAAGGGUACAAUAAGUUUUUUUAUGCGGUUUGGUUUUGCUCAGUUUUCUAACACAGUUUAUUGCUAUGCACCCAAAAUAAUUUUGAAAUUAUUUCUACGGUAUUUUUCACGUAAAGUAAGAUUUUGUUGCAGAAUAUCGAUUCUACGUGAGUCUGUAGUAGCCACAGUGAAUCAAGGACGCGAUGGUGAUAACUACUUUACUUCCACAUAACUUACUCGUGAAUUUCACGUAAAGUCUAGGUGGACUCCUGUAAACCGGUAUCGUUGAAUUUUUCUCAAACGUGUCCUCACGCACACAACAAACAUUAGUAUCGGGUAUGAAAUAAAGUUGGCUGUGCCAUGUUGGAGGAUUGCAUAUCUGGGGGGUAUCCGUUUUCCGCGUAAACAAGGUUAGUAUUUGUCAUCUUUCAAACAGAAUCUGAGCCAUUUUUGCCCAGAUAAUAAUGACGGUUCUUGAUUACAGAGACAAAGUAUCGAAUCCAUCGACCGGGGUGAAGAUGAAAAGUAGAGCAUCACCAAUUUUCUCACUACGGAAACGUCUUCAGCAACCACUUCAGAUUCAACGGAUGGCAAAUCGACAACCAACAUUUAUUGAUUGGUAUCGUAUCGACCGAACCGCAAGAAAAACAUCCCUUUCAGUAGCAACAGCAGCAGUUUCGGCAAAAGUUUGCCCUGGCGCAACAGCAGGAAAAUCCGCGAUAAUUGCAAUCACGGAACUCAGCCAAAGACGACUGCCGACUCACUGCAGUCAGCACGAGAUAGCUUCGCAGGGCGAGAUCCCGCAGCUGCCCCACCAGAGUCGGCUCCAGUCGCCCUUUACCAGCCGGCGGAAUCCUUCCUAGAUUUUUAACUCCAUCGAGGCUUUCUGGGUUCUGCAUUCUUCGCCGCCCAGUUGCCUGAUUCCGACAUGCGCCAGACUAUGGAAUGUCCGUGGAAAAAACAUACGUCGAGGUCCAAAAGGAGUUUUUUUUUGUGAAAUGAUUGAGAAACACAAGCAAUCGAGUGUUUUUUCCCUCAAGGCGUAGUUUGAGGUAAGUUUUAAAGUUAGCAUAAAUUUCAGUCUUAAGUCUAAAAUCUCCUUUAUUCAUUUCAGGUCGGAGCGAAAUUGGAACGGCGGAAUAACAUAACGAAAGCGUCAGUCAUCUAGCUGGGAAAACCUGGGUCAUCACCAGUACAAAUCUAGAAAUUGAGGGUAAGUAAUUGAAGUAGGAUAUUUUUUUUCACUAGUUGCAAAACAUCCGCAUUCCGAACAACAUUCUUC